AGGCAGUGAAUAUGUCACAAAUCUGCCUCUUCAGAUGGCCCUGUAUUUUAAUGCUUUCUUUUCUCCCUUCUGGCUGGUGGCCACCCUUGUCAUAUUUGAAGUAAAAUAUUCCACAUUAUCAACACUGUACGCAAUCAUACUUAUCGCCAUCUACAUUGUCUUUACCAUCAUAGAGUUUGUCAGACUAUAUUUAGGAUUUCUGGGAAACUUAACCGAGAGGGUUCCUGAGUUAGCUGGCUCCUGGUUGUUAACUAUAUUAAUACAGUUGCCAUUGAUAAUGCUGCUCCUGUUCAAUGAGGAUGCCAUCUUACUUCCCUUGGAGAGAGCUGUACAUAUUGUGAUGGCUUUAUUUGUGGUUUUUGAAGUAGUUUGUGGAUAUUUCGCUAUCAGAUUCAUGGUGGAUUAUCAAGUGACAAAAUUUCAUCUAAAACAAUUUUCAGACUUGGAAAACUUGCCGGAUAGUGACUACUGGCAGGAUAGAUAUGAAUCCUACACGUGAUACCUUCACCCCACAGUGUCCCCACCCAUAAGUUACUUGUAAAUUCGUAUGUUUUAAUGAUAUAUGCAGCAUAUCUUUAAUAAAUGUAAAUAUUGUACAAUUUAAAAUAAUGCAAGAAAUUUGUGAUAUAUUUAUGUUCAUGUAUUUAUUAUUUUGUAGAUAUAAUUCGGAUACUGUGAUUAAAAGUUA